AUGGCCGAAUCAUCGCGGAGGACAUCCGAGACGGGUGGCCCUCCUGUGAUCACCACGCCUGAUGAUGUGGAAAAGGCGGCUCAGGCACCACCAGAAGUUGUUGACGAAGCCGAAAACAACUUCCAGCCAAAGACGUUGAAGUUCUGGUCUGUUAUGCUCAGCAUAUACCUCGCACUAUUUCUAGUAGCCCUCGAUCGAACCAUUAUCGGUACCGCCAUCCCCCAGAUAACGCAAGACUUUCAUAGUCUGGGGGAUAUAGGCUGGUAUGGCUCAGCCUAUCAAUUAACGACGGCGGCGUCUCAACUUGUGUUCGGUAGAAUUUACAAGUUUUACCAGGUAAAGAGGGUGUUCCUUAUUGCAGUCGCUCUGUUCGAAAUCGGCUCCGUGAUUUGUGGCGCGGCUCCAAACUCGAUUGCCUUCAUUCUCGGCCGUGCCAUCGCCGGUCUUGGCGGUGCGGGUAUUUUCUCGGGUGUUAUGAUCAUCAUGAUUCCCUUGGUGCCGCUCCGAAAACGACCGAUGUUCCAAGGUAUUUUUGGAACUGUUUUCGGAGUCAGUUCGGUCAUGGGUCCUCUCGUUGGAGGUGCCUUUACCGAUCACGUCACUUGGAGAUGGUGUUUCUAUAUCAACCUUCCCGUCGGCGCCGUCACGUUUCUGUGCCUUUUGAUAGUGAAACUUCCGAACAAGCCGCCAGUCCCCGCACCCUUCUGGGAACAUUUUACUCGAUUAGAUCCUCUCGGAACCCUCUUCUUCGUCCCAAGUAUCGUUUGCCUCUUGCUCGCAUUACAAUGGGGUGGUUCGACAUAUGCAUGGCACAAUUGGCGCAUCAUCCUUCUGUUUGUUCUCUUUGGCGUUCUUUUCAUAGUCUUCGCAGGCAUCCAGGUAUUGAUGCCUAAUACGGCAACGGUACCGGUGAGAAUUAUCUCUCAGCGUAGUAUCACUGCCGCAACUAUUUUCAUGCUUGCGGUUACCGGGGCAAUGCUAAUGACUGUCUACUAUCUGCCCCUAUGGUUCCAGGUAGUACAAGGUGUUAGCGCUGUGAAAUCCGGUAUUGAUACACUGCCUCUCGUCCUUAGUCUCGUCGUGGCAAGUUUUGUAUCCGGAGGCCUGACACAGAAACUCGGAUACUACGUACCAUCUAUGAUAAUUUGUCCUACCAUCAUGUCGGUAGGGCUAGGUUUAUUAAGUACUUUCGACGUCGGCGAGAGUUCCGCUCAUUGGAUUGGAUAUCAGUUUCUCGUGGGUUUUGGUUUGGGUAUGGGAAUGCAGUCAGCAGGCCUUGCCGCCCAAGCCGUCCUUCCUAAACCAGAUAUUCCGACCGGAAUCUCUAUUAUAUUUUUCGUUCAGCAAUUAGGCGGGGCCGUCUUCACCUCCGUUGGCCAGAACCUCCUAAGCAGCUACAUGGUCCAGCAUGUGUCGGAAGUCCCUGGCCUCAGCCCCGAGCAGAUUACCAAUGACGGUGCUACAGGUCUUGUGAGCAGCGUUCCGCCUUCUUCUCGGCCCGCUGUGAGGAAGCUUUACAAUGAUGCUCUCUCAAGGGUAUUCCUUUGUGGUAUGGGAGUGGCACUUGUCGCCUUCGUCGCGGCGCUUUGUAUGGAAUGGAAAAACAUCAAGAAGACUGGACCAAAGGCGCAGUUGGCGGGAGAAACAAACGGGGAGAGUAUUGGUGACGGCGAUGCGGCGCAGCAGUAUUGCGGCGAUGAUUCUAAGUAG